ACGCCGGCGAGAUGUCGCUCCUCGACUGCACCAAGGACGUCAAAGGUGUGCUCGACUCUUCAUGGUUUCUCGCGACUGUCGCUGACUCGAGAAACCCAGGGUCCAAACAAGACGACUCGACGCCCGCCAUGGUCGCUCAAGAAAACUUGAACCCAAAGCUCAGCAUCGCCCCGCUACCCGGACGCUUGCGCAUGUACGUCCCGCCAGCCAACUUUGGCGCGGUCGAGACAAACUCCAUCUACAGGAGUGGUUACCCAACCAGCAAGAACUUUGACUUUAUCAAGAGUCUCAGCAUCAGAACCAUCCUGUACCNNACCUUGGUUCCUGAACCUCUAUCAGAAGAGUACAUCACCUUCAUGGACCAAAACCACAUUCGCCAUUACCAGAUCCACAUUCCUGCCAACAAGGACGGCAAAGUAAACAUUACUUCCGAAACCAUGGCUACUGCUCUUGCCGUCGUUUUGAACCGUAACAACCACCCUCUUCUCAUCCACUGUAAUCGUGGCAAGUAUGUUCAAAACGACCCAGCUAUCGCCGAAUAUCGCGACUAUUCGUAUCCGAAAUGUCGUGAGGACGACAUGCACUUCAUCAGGUCUUUUGAUCCGAGUAUUGUACUUCCUAUCGCCCAAUCACAAGGCUGGCUGCCUACACCACCACCAGAACCCAACGAUGGUUUCUGGCAUUUGAAGCACCAGACCAAAAUUCCUACCUAUGAGGAUGUCGCUGCCAUAAAACCUAACGAUGAGCACCGCGAUCAUGUCGCUCGCAUCUCGGUCAAG